CGCCCAAGCUGCAGCAGGCGCAGAGUGUGGGGGGUCUAGAUUCGACUGUCGGUUGACGGCCUGAACACUCGACCUCGGACAGACGCCUGCAGCAAACGGCGCGACACUCGGCCUUGUCUGACACCAGAGUUCCGAUCCGACUACAGUUGACGCGACGCGACGAGCCCAACCCUCACGUCCGACCAUCCGCCCAGAGCCCAGAGCCAAUCGAGAUCUGAAUCCCUCAGACGACGUCGGCGCACAAGCAACCACGACAGCUUCGAUACCACACUACCUGUCUCUAGGCACCUACCUACCCUACCGACCUAGAUACUAUAGCGACACACACACCAAGCACAAAAAAAUGGACAUCCGCGUGCUCCAGCCGUCCGACAUCCCGCUGAUACAGCACGCCAACCUCGAGAACCUGCCCGAGAACUACUUCCUCAAGUACUACCUGUACCAUGCCCUCUCGUGGCCGCAGCUCUCGUACGUGGCCGUAGACGUGUCGCGCCCCAAGAAGACGCCCUACGACUACCCCAAGAUCGUCGGCUACGUGCUCGCAAAGAUGGAGGAGGACCCGGCCGACGGCAUCCAGCACGGCCACAUCACCAGCCUGAGCGUCAUGCGCACCCACCGGAGGCUGGGCAUCGCCGAGAAGCUGAUGAGGCAGAGCCAACUCGCCAUGGUCGAGACCUUUGGCGCCCACUACGUCUCCCUGCACGUCCGCGUCUCCAACCAGGCCGCCAUCCACCUGUACCAGACCACGCUCGGGUUCCAGAACGAGAAGACGGAGAGCAAGUACUACGCCGACGGCGAGGACGCCUACUGCAUGAAGCUCGACCUCGGCCUCAUCCGCGAGCAGCUGCGCGAGGAGGCCCGCCUGGAGAAGGAGGCCACCGCCGCCGGUGCCGACGGCGCCGAGGCCCCGGACGAGGGCGAGCCCGUCGGCGACGUGGGCAAGGCCGGCGACGGCGGCGCCCAGAUGAGGAAGGUCAAGGUCGGCAGGGCCCUGGGCGUCGGGGAGCUGGUGGAGAGGGUGGAAAGCAAAUGAGAGAAGAGAAAAAAAAAAAAAAGGGGUGCGGGAUAUUCGAAUAUUAUGACUUUUCUUCUUUUUCUGUUGCAUCUCUCUGGGAAUCCAACCGAGGGUCAUGGGUAUGCGGGAAUCAUAUAUCAGGUAAUCUGACGUAGACAAAAAUUAGGUCGUUAAAAAUCAUGCGUGACAUUGUUCCAAACUGGAGCGAGUGCUGG